AUGCUGUGCAAUCUGCGAGAACAAAUGCCCGGAUGUGGACUGCUCUCUGCAGAUAGGCAUAAUUGUCGACUGGUCAUGCACAAUUCGACGGACAAGCAUUUCACAAUGGUGCGGCCGCUAGCACGUUCCGUGAUAAUAGCAACCAGGGCCACGCGAAUUCGAGAGAUGCCUCAGCAAACCAUCGGCAAACCACGGCCAGCAAGGAUUGUCACGAUCGGUGUUUGCUGCCGAGGUUCCGAAAGGGAAGUGGUUAUUGAUCGGAGACGAGCAGAUCGACUCGCGUGUGGUCCAGGGCGUAAUGGGCACAGAUUUCAAAAUCAUAGUACCGGAUACUAUCCCGGACUACACGCCUAA